GCUUGUCCCGUGCUCCAGGGUUUCGGUUUCUCUCAGGGAGCCUCCUGCUGCCAGGCACCAUGACCGUGAGGGGGGCUGCGCUGGCCCCCGACCCAGCAUCGCCCACGACUGCAGCAGCUUCGCCCAGUGUCUCCGUGACCCCUGAGGGCAGUCCCACGGCCAUGGAGCAGCCCGUGUUCCUGAUGACAACUGCCGCUCAGGCCAUCUCCGGCUUCUUCGUGUGGACGGCCCUGCUCAUCACCUGCCACCAGAUCUACAUGCACCUGCGCUGCUACAGCUGCCCCAAUGAGCAGCGCUACAUCGUGCGCAUCCUCUUCAUCGUGCCCAUCUACGCCUUCGACUCCUGGCUCAGCCUCCUCUUCUUCACCAACGACCAGUACUACGUGUACUUCGGCACGGUGCGCGACUGCUACGAGGCCUUGGUCAUAUACAACUUCCUGAGCCUGUGCUAUGAGUACCUCGGGGGAGAGAGCUCCAUCAUGUCGGAGAUCAGAGGGAAGCCCAUCGAGUCCAGCUGCAUGUACGGCACCUGCUGCCUGUGGGGAAGGACCUACUCCAUCGGAUUCCUGAGGUUCUGCAAACAGGCCACCCUGCAGUUCUGCGUGGUGAAGCCACUCAUGGCCGUCAGCACCGUGGUCCUCCAGGCCUUCGGCAAGUACCGGGACGGAGACUUCGACGUCACCAGCGGCUACCUGUACGUGACCAUCAUCUACAACAUCUCGGUCAGCCUGGCCCUCUACGCCCUCUUCCUCUUCUACUUCACCACCCGCGAGCUGCUCAGCCCCUACAGCCCCGUCCUCAAGUUCUUCAUGGUCAAGUCCGUCAUCUUCCUCUCCUUCUGGCAAGGCAUGCUGCUAGCCAUCCUGGAGAAGUGCGGGGCCAUCCCCAAGAUCCACUCGGCCCGCGUGUCGGUGGGCGAGGGCACCGUGGCUGCAGGCUACCAGGACUUCAUCAUCUGCGUGGAGAUGUUCUUUGCAGCCCUGGCCCUGCGGCAUGCCUUCACCUACAAGGUCUACGCUGACAAGAGGCUGGACGCGCAAGUGCCGACAUAUGGCCCUUACGGCCGCUGUGCUCCCAUGAAGAGCAUCUCCAGCAGCCUGAAGGAGACCAUGAACCCACACGACAUCGUGCAGGACGCCAUCCACAACUUCUCACCCGCCUACCAGCAGUACACGCAGCAGUCCACCCUGGAGCCCGGGCCCACCUGGCGCGGUGGCGGCCACAGCCUCUCGCGCUCCCACAGCCUCAGCGGAGCCCGUGACAAUGAGAAGACGCUCCUGCUCAGCUCUGACGACGAGUUCUAGGCGCAGCUGCAGGGGAAGGAUGGGCGCCUUGGUUGAGGCCAGGCUGAGCCCCUGCUCCGGCCUCCAGCCAGGCCUGGGGCAGCUGCCACAGCUUCGGGGUCACCCUUUAUUUAUUGGACCAGAAACACUCACAUAUCGCUUCCAGAGGAACAGCCAGGUGGGGACAGCCAGGCUCACCCAGGAGCCUUCAGGAAUAUUGUACACGGCCAACCCCACACUGCCUGGGCCAGGGCAGAGGGCACAGGGAUCGCCUCCCAUGUCCUGCUGCUCGUCCUGUGGGAGCAAACCGGGACCAGCCAGCCAGGCCCAGGCAUUUGCGUGCGGACCAGCGGCGGCAGCCUCAUAGGCCUCCCUCCCCACGAGACUCCCCUGAGGUCGGCAAGCCCCAACCUCCCCAACACCGUGCAAUAUCCAACCUGGGCUCCUCCCUGCCGGCUCCCCUGCCUUGUCCACCAUCGCCCAGUGCUUGAGUCGCCUCUCCCUGGGCAGGAGGAGGGUGUGUGGACAGUCUGGACCCCCCUCCUGACCCAGGCCCACCUGGCAUGCUGCAAGGGUCAGAGCCAGACGAAAGAGCCCGGUCCCCACCUCGGAGGCUGUGCGGGUGCCCCGGGGCCUUUUCCUGUUGAGCAGGGUCUCCCUUGCCAUGGCCACCCCUCUGCCUGCCUCAUGCCCCUUCCUCCUGGCCUGCCAUGGACACCAGUGGCCCACAUUGCCUCUCACUUGGGUCCUUCCUCUUCCAGAGUGUCGAGCAGAGGGCUUGCGUCUAUAGCGGCUCCAGCGGGUGGGGGGGUCCCCCUCUGCGGGCUGAGCAGCCGUGACCUCUGCCGGAGCCUGGCCUCUCUCUAGGGCGUCUCCCUCUGCUUCAGAGGAGCAGUCUGUCUCUGCAACUGAGACCAGCUUCCCGAAGAGACAGUCCAGUGGGUGGACGGGAGGGCUGGCCAUGCAGGGGAAACCAGGAGAGGGGAGGAGUGGCCCCAGACCCCUCACCAGGCCCCCUAUCCACAUAGGGCCUGGGGUUCUGCCUCAUCUGGCCCCCAGCCCAUCUCUUCUGUGCCUUAGUCACACGUGAACGCUCCCUCCCCGGUUCCAGGCUGUCCCAGACACUCCCUCGGGGCUCUUCGUUAAGCUGCUGGCAUUCAGAGGACCUGGAGUGCUGGGCCAAGCGCCUGGGACAGACCUCAGGUGUGGCCAGGACCUCCAGUCCCCACCCCUUGCCACCCUCCACACCCAUAUCCUGGAGCUCCCCGGGCCCGAGCUCCCAGGCAGACCCAGAGCCCCUUGGCAUGCCAGGCACUCGCCGGCCACUGUCAGGAAGAGCCGUGUGACACAAUGCAUGUUCAGUGGGCAAAGUGCUCUGGCCUUCGAAACCUAGGUGGUUCUUGGGUUUGGGCUAGCAGUAACCUCGAGAAGUGGGCAGGGUGGUGAAGGGCCCCUGCCUAGUGGCCCCUGUGGAACCUUUUCUUUGGGUGCCUCCUGGGAUGAACAGGCUCCCUCCAUGGGGCCUACGAUGGGGCUCACGGUGGGACAUUCUGUCCCAACAAUCUUCCUGGCCUCCUUCCCUUGGGCUCCAGAGGCCAACGCUCAGACCCCUGUCCCAGGGUGUGCCUGGCCGGUUGGUCCCAAGCUGCCCAGGACGGCGGCUGGCAGUGCAGGCUGGCCGAGGAGCCGCUCGAAGCACCGCCACCAUCACUUUCAUGGAUCUGUUUCUCUGACUCGUUCCCUUUCUCCCUCCAGGCCAAAGCGUGUCGCUGGUCCCUGCCUCCUUGGUUUUUCCCCACCCUGGCACGUGCCUGCUAGCAUGGUGGGUGGGGCGGGAGGAGCUCAGUGGCGGGGAACUUGGGGUCCCUGAGGACGUGGGGACAGGAACGUGUCGAUCGCGCCAUCUCCUUCCUAGGUUGCAUAACCUACCUUCUCUUUUUAAAAACUUUUUUUUUUCCCAAAUAGAGUAGCUCUUUGUACAUAAAAAAAAUACUUGAAAAAUGAACUGUAUGAUGUAUGAGAAGACAGAGUCCCCUAGUUUUGUAUCUCGUAUGACUGCCAUGAGUCCCACCAGAAAGCCGCUCUAUUUUGGUCCCUGUGACAUUUUAAAUGCGUGACAGACGUGAGCAAAUAAAGUGAGGAAGAAAUAUAUAUAUGAGAUAAUAGAGAUUGUAUUGAAA